UGAGUUUGCUACCAACGCGAGCGGUUCGAGCGAUAUACAAGUAGCACGUAAUACUAAUCUCAUUCGUUGAAAUCAUAUUUGGAUAAAAAUCAAUUGCUGCACUAGAAAGUUGCCAUCGAGUCAUGCUAAUCAAAUGAAUAAUUAAUUUAAUACGAGAACAGAAACAUGUGUUGCUGGCAUUUUUCGAUUGUUUGUAUCGAUCACUAUUGAUUAACGACGGCUAACGGUUUUCGGUCCAGUUAUUGAAAAAAUAAGCAAGGAUAAUGAUGGAAAACGGUGACUAUGCCGUGCAGUACGGCGAAGAAAGCUACAUGGAACAAGAAGAAGAGUGGGAACGCGAAGGUCUCCUAGAUCCUGCCUGGGAAAAACAACAAAAAAAGACCUUCACUGCAUGGUGUAACAGUCACCUUCGAAAGGCCGGUACAUCAAUCGAAAACAUUGAAGACGAUUUUCGCAAUGGACUCAAACUCAUGCUGCUGCUGGAAGUCAUUUCCGGCGAAACCCUACCAAAGCCAGACCGUGGUAAAAUGCGUUUCCACAAGAUUGCCAAUGUGAACAAGGCAUUGGAUUUCAUCGCAUCGAAAGGUGUCAAAUUGGUAUCCAUUGGAGCAGAAGAAAUCGUCGAUGGCAACUUGAAAAUGACUCUGGGUAUGAUUUGGACGAUCAUUCUUCGGUUCGCCAUUCAGGACAUUUCAGUGGAGGAAAUGACGGCUAAGGAAGGUCUGCUGCUUUGGUGUCAACGCAAAACUGCCCCUUACAAGAACGUUAACGUUCAAAACUUCCAUCUCAGUUUCAAGGACGGUCUAGCAUUCUGUGCUUUGAUCCAUCGUCAUAGACCUGAUUUGAUAGAUUAUUCCAAACUUUCGAAAGACAAUCCACUCGAGAAUUUGAACACCGCGUUCGACGUAGCAGAAAAGUUCCUGGAUAUUCCACGCAUGUUGGACCCGGACGAUUUGAUCAACACUCCAAAGCCAGACGAACGUGCCAUUAUGACUUAUGUGUCGUGUUAUUAUCAUGCUUUCCAAGGAGCUCAGCAGGCGGAAACGGCUGCCAAUCGAAUCUGCAAAGUUCUGAAAGUCAAUCAGGAGAACGAACGACUUAUGGAAGAAUACGAGCGAUUGGCUAGUGAUCUGUUAGAAUGGAUUCGUCGCACUAUGCCUUGGUUGAAUUCGAGACAAACCGAUAGUACGCUGGCGGGAGUACAGAAGAAGCUGGAAGAAUACAGAACUUACAGACGCAAGCACAAGCCACCACGAGUAGAGCAGAAGGCCAAACUCGAAACUAACUUCAACACUUUGCAAACCAAGCUACGUUUAUCGAAUCGUCCAGCCUAUAUGCCAACCGAGGGCAAGAUGGUGUCCGACAUUACGAAUUCUUGGAAGGGAUUGGAACAUGCGGAAAAGGCAUUCGAGGAGUGGCUUCUGGCUGAAACCAUGCGCCUUGAGCGCCUGGAGCAUCUGGCCCAGAAAUUCAAGCAUAAAGCCGAUACGCACGAAGACUGGACAAAGGGCAAGGAGGAGAUGCUGCAGUCCCAAGAUUAUCGUAACUGUAAGCUGAAUGAGCUCAAAGCUCUCAAGAAAAAGCAUGAAGCAUUUGAAUCUGAUCUGGCUGCCCAUCAAGAUCGUGUCGAACAAAUUGCUGCCAUUGCUCAAGAGUUGAACACUUUGGAAUAUCACGAUUGUGUUUCUGUUAACGCACGUUGCCAACGCAUUUGCGACCAAUGGGAUCGUCUAGGAGCAUUGACGCAACACCGUCGCCAAGGCUUGGAUGAGGCCGAAAGAAUUCUAGAGAAGAUCGACUUGCUGCACUUGGAAUUCGCCAAACGAGCUGCUCCUUUCAACAAUUGGCUCGAUGGAGCCCGCGAGGAUCUUGUCGAUAUGUUCAUCGUACAUACGAUGGAGGAAAUUCAAGGUUUGAUUCAAGCCCACGACCAAUUCAAGGCAACUCUGGGCGAAGCAGAUAAGGAAUUCAAUGUAAUCGUCGGCUUGGUUCGUGAUGCUGAAGCUAUUGUCAAACAAGAGCAGGUUCCUGGAGGCCUUGUUAAUCCUUACACUACGCUGACUGCUGAUGCAAUUAGCCGUAAAUGGUCUGAGGUACGCGCUUUAGUACCACAACGCGACCAAACAUUGGCUAAUGAACUGCGCAAGCAGCAGAACAAUGAAAUGCUGCGCCGGCAGUUUGCCGAAAAGGCCAAUGCUGUUGGACCUUGGAUCGAACGUCAAAUGGAUGCCGUAACCGCUAUUGGCAUGGGUAUUUCUGGAUCACUUGAAGAACAGUUGCACCGUUUGAAAGAAUAUGAACAAGCUGUAUAUGCUUACAAACCCAGUAUUGAAGAGCUGGAAAAGAUUCACCAAGCUGUGCAGGAAUCUAUGGUCUUCGAAAAUCGAUACACACAUUACACCAUGGAAACUUUGCGUGUUGGAUGGGAACAACUGUUAACAUCGAUCAACAGAAAUAUCAAUGAAGUCGAGAAUCAAAUUCUCACUCGUGAUUCCAAGGGAAUCACACAGGAACAAUUGACAGAAUUCCGUUCCAGCUUCAACCACUUUGACAAGAACCGCACGGGUCGCUUGGCACCGGAAGAAUUCAAAUCAUGUCUAGUUUCUCUCGGAUACUCGAUUGGCAAGGAUAAACAAGGAGACAUGGACUUCCAGCGUAUUCUCGCCGUAGUGGACCCGAACAACUCAGGAUACGUACAAUUUGACGCGUUCCUUGACUUCAUGACUAGGGAAAGCACCGAUACCGAUACUGCUGAACAGGUUAUUGAUUCCUUCAGAAUCCUGGCUUCGGACAAGCCUUACAUUCUGCCGGAUGAAUUGCGCCGUGAGCUGCCACCAGAUCAAGCAGAAUAUUGUAUUCAAAGGAUGCCACCAUACAAAGGACCGAAUGCCGUUCCUGGAGCCCUUGAUUACAUGUCCUUCAGUACAGCAUUGUACGGAGAAAGUGAUCUGUAAUUGCCUCCACAAUCCCUUGGGAGAUUGUAACAUAUUGAAAACAUUCAGUAAAGCGAAGCAGAAACAUCUCCGGUUAUAUGUUACAUGCCAUAUAUUGUGUUAGAAAAAAUGACGGAAAAGAUCUUUUACGUCAUAUCGAUAACCAACUCUAAUAAAACCGGUCACAUGUUGUCUGGUGACGCGUUUGUUGAAUCAACAUCCAUCCAAUCGACGUGCGAAUCAGAAUGCCAUAAUUCGAUAAAAAAUUACAAGAUUAACACAGAGGACUAAGCGUGCGAGUCGAAAAAAAAAAUGGAAAAUGUAAU